AUGGCCAUUAAUACCAAUAGUGUGUUUUUCUGUGUUUUUGUGACAGUCGUGGGCUUUUUCUUUCUUUUUCAUCUUCCACAAUCAUGCAAUGCUCAUCCCUUGAAGAUUUGUGACUUUGAUGAGAUAUAUCAACUCGGAGACUCCAUAUCCGACACUGGAAAUCUGAUUCGUGAGGCUCCUAUUGGGGCUGCUUUGCCUUUUGGUAGGCUUCCAUAUGGUCAGAAUUUCUUCAACAAUGCCACCGGUCGAUGCUCAAACGGACUUCUCAUGAUCGACUAUUUUGCAUUGGCAUCUGGACUUCCGUAUUUGAAUCCGUACAAGAAUAUUGAAGCCGACUUUAGACAUGGAGUGAACUUUGCAGUUGCUGGCUCUACUGCUUUAUCAACACUAAAACUGGCAGCUAAAAACAUCUCAUCUCCGGUCACUGCCAGUUCUCUCAAUGUUCAACUUGAUUGGAUGUCUACACAUUUCAAAUCCACAUGUCACAAUAACAGAGAUUGUGUUGAAAAGCUAAAGAAGUCUCUGUUCAUGGUUGGAGAGAUAGGAGGGAAUGAUUAUAAUUAUGCACUCUUUCAACGCAAAUCUAUUGAGGAGGUUAAGACCAUUGUUCCAAAUGUUGUCCAUGCUAUAAAGGAUGCUGUUAGAAAAGUUAUCCAUCAUGGUGCAAUCCGAGUAAUCGUCCCCGGUAACUUCCCAAUAGGUUGUUUUCCAAUUUAUCUCACCGGAUUCAAAACCGACGAUUCAGCAGCUUACGAUGAGCAUUAUUGUCUCAAAGCUUUGAAUGACUUUUCGAUAUAUCACAAUGAUCAUCUACAGAGGGCCAUCGAAGAAUUGAAGCAAGAGCAUCCGAAUGCAGUGAUUGUAUAUGGCGAUUACUAUAACUCCUUCAAAUGGCUUUUCCAGAAUGCUCCAUAUCUUGGAUUUAAUGCGUCGACUGCUCAAAAAGCUUGCUGUGGAACUGGGGGUGACUAUAAUUUUGAUAUGACAAGAAUGUGUGGAGCUCCAGAUGUUCCGGUUUGUGCUGAAUCAAACAAAUUCAUCAGCUGGGAUGGAGUUCAUCUCACGCAAGAGGCUUACAAGUUUAUGGCGGGAAAGCUCAUUCAUGAUAUCUUCCCUCAACUGCAAUGCAUCGUCUGA